GCCCUGGGACACAAACAGGUUUCACUUCUGUUUGAACCUCGACGAAGAAACACACAACUGAACAACAUCAGCAACCACCAACCAUCAUCUACUGCACAUCUACUAUAGGACAGUCUCCAUCAUGUCAGUGGUCACAUCCAGCCUGACUGAAGAUCAGCAGAAGAAGCUGCUGUCUCUCUUUGGUCAUGUCAGACUUCACCUGCUCUACAAAGCCAGUGUUCAUUGCUUCACUGCUGCUGCUUUUCACAGCCGCUGUGACAAACAGGGUCCCACUGUCAUUGUUGCUUACAAUGCUGCUGGGUUUGUCCUCGGAGCCUACACCUCGAAGGACUACACUCAGAGCGGAGAGGGCGUCAAGGACGACGGUGCUUUCCUCUACAGCAUCAGUGCGGGGGUAAACAAGCCUCUGAGGGUGGCGAUAAUCACCGGCCAGUGUGCUUUCACAGAUGUACCAACUGGUCCAAAUUUUGGUGCCUUAGUGUUCCUGCAUGAGGACAAACCUGAGUUCCAGUGCAAUCCGGGGACAGGCUUUAACUUUGAAGCUGCAGCGAUGCAUGGAGGAAACUUGGCACUGACUGAGUUUGAGGUGUAUCGAGUUGAAGGUUUGGGAGAUCUCUUGGCCAAACCCUGGAGGAACGUCCAAUGGACUGCUGAGAGAAAGCACCAGUUAAUGAAGGCCAUUAAGAACUAUAAGCCUGACAUAAAAACAGUGCAACAAGCCCGGGUGUUGUUGGUGGGCCCUGUUGGAGCUGGGAAGUCUAGCUUUUUCAACUCCAUCAACUCAGCGUUUCGAGGCAAUAUGACUUCCCAGGCCAUCGCUGGUACAGCAGGGAAGAGUGUGACCACUCAGUUCCGUACCUAUACUAUCAAGGCAGGGAAAGGCGGUGCAGCAGUUCCUCUGAUCCUGUGCGACACAAUGGGGCUGGAGGAAAACGCUGAUGCUGGUUUGGACAUUGACGACUUAGUCAACAUCUACAAGGGUCACAUAAAGGAUCGCUACCAGUUUAGCACUGCCACGCCUCUCACAGAGAACGCUCCCGGCUUCAAGAAGGAUGCAACUCUGAAAGACAUGAUUCAUUGUGUGGUUUACAUGGUCGACACCUGCAAGGUCUCUCUUCUUACCAAACAAAUGCUGGACAAGUUUGCUGCCAUCCGGAAAAAGACCAACCUCCUGGGCAUUCCUCAGAUACUCCUGAUGACCAAAGUAGAUGAAGCCUGUCCGCUCGUGGCAGAAGACUUGCAGAAUGUUUAUCGUAGUGCUUACAUACAGAGGAAGGCCCGUGAGUUGAGUGAGUCUCUGGGCAUCCCCUUGUCCUAUGUGCUGCCGGUGAAGAACUACAGUGAGGAGCUGGAACUGGACCUGAACACCGACAUACUGCUGUUUUCUGCUGUGGAGCAGAUGCUCAACUACGCAGACAGCUUCUUCGAGAACCAGGUCAUUGAGGAUCAGGAAGUGAAUGAUCAGCUGGAGCUCUACAGAUCCAGUGAUCAUCUCCAGCCAGUCUUACAAAAGCAUUGUGAACAUCAGGCUGUCUGAAAGAUAGACAUCACAUGUUAAAUGAAAUGCAUGGCUGUGCAAAAAUGUAUCAAUUUUUAUGUAGAUGUUUUUAUUUGCUGCAGCUUAGUCAUUUGACAACAAACAGGAUCAAAUAACGUGAAUUAUGCUGGAUUUACUUAAAGGGACAAUUCACCUAAAUAAUGUCCUGGUGACUGAUACUCCAUAAUCUUUAUGCUUUUUAGAUUCUUUUUCUACAGCAGAAUGUUAUUUUUCAAUGCUUUGAGGGAAAAGCUGAGUUCAUAUGAUAUGGUUGAAGUCUCCAGAACAGCCAGUAAUUGGACAGAGAAAGAUUAUUUUGUCAGCUGCUGUUUCCAAAGUUCAGAAUGCAACUCAACUCUUAAACCAACAUGGAUGAGAGGUCUUCAAAUGUCCAUGGUUUCCAUGACAACUGGGCAAAUUACUGUUGAUAAAAUUGAUGUGAUUUGACUGAAAGCUCCAGAAAAGCUAAUAAACUGCCCUUGAGUUGAGAUUGUUUUGACAAUGUGAAGCAGAAGUCUUGAAAUAUCAGCAAACACUUUUUUGGUGUAAUUUGAGUGAACUGACGAUUUAAACCACUUCAGCUGUUGUGUUUUUACUAAUUUUUUUUUGCCAGGUACAGGCUUAGGCUUUUUUGUUUGUUUGUUUGUUUGUUUUUUCAUAUUAUCGCUGGUUUAAUUUUUAAUUAACUUUUAUCACGAUUGCCUGGUAAUUCUGAUAUUCUUGAACAUGUAUGGCUGAUUUGUAUUUUUGAUUUCAGACUCUUUUGACUUUCAGUUUAACAAUUGUGAGAAGAUUAUACAGACUUUUCUUUCUCUCAGUCAGCCACUAGAUGUCAGUCAUAAUUUCAAAAUCACUUGGAUUCAGUUAUGGAAACUCUGGGAUAUUAUGGAAAAAUCAAAGUCGCACGACUGCAUUUCAU